AUGACUGAAAACGAGAGGAUAUCUAUAAGAGCUAGGACAGUAGCCGUAGUAGGCGCAGGACCAUCAGGUGUGAUAGCAGCGAAAUAUCUACGUGCAGAAAAAGCGUUUGAUAAGAUUGAUCUUUUCGAACAACGCAGUCAAGCGGGUGGAAUAUGGACAUACACGGGUGACCAACGAGACGAAAACCUCUUCAGCAUACCACAAGAAAAUCCCGAACCAGGUGUGCAAGAGCCCGAAUGGAAACCAAAAGAUACUAUAUCCAGCGAAAACAACCACACCAACAGCAUCAAUGGCACCUCCAAAGUCCCCUCCUUCCUAUCCCCUAUGUACGAACAACUCGAAACGAACAUCCCGCGCGGAUUAAUGGGCUUCCAAGACCUCGACUGGCCCUCUGACUCCCAACUCUUCCCCACGCACGACACCGUGUUGAAAUAUAUCCAAGACUACACAUCCCCCGUCCAAGAAAACAUCCACUACAACACCCAAGUCACCUCCAUAACCCCGACCACCCCCUCCUCCCCCACUACAACCUGGACCAUCACAACACUCAACCUCCUCACCAACGAAACAAUCACAUCAACCUACUCUGCCGUCAUAAUCGCAAACGGGCAUUUCAUCGUCCCACACAUCCCCUCCAUACCAGGUAUAUCGGAAUGGUCCUCCCAACACCCCGGCCUCAUCACACACUCGAAAUACUACCGCCGACCCACGGAUUUCACAGCCAAGAAAACAAUUGUUAUUGGAAACUCCGCUUCUGGCGCUGAUCUCUCGAAACAAAUAUCUUCACAUUGUCCACAACCACUUCUCUGGUCUACACGCUCAACCUCGCUGUUCAGUGCCACACACGGCAGCGCCAGCGCUGAAGAUCCCACUCGGCGUCCUGUGCCACCCAUUGCGCGGUUCCUGCCAGACACACGGGGCGUGCAGUUUGCAGACGGUAGUAUGGAACACGAUAUUGAUGCUGUGGUGUUUGCGACGGGGUAUUUCUACAGCUUACCUUUUCUAAACGGGGUUGAACCGAAGCUGAUUACGAGUGGUGAGAGGGUCGAGGGGACGUAUAAACACCUUUUCAACGCGGUGAGACCAACUCUUUGCUUUCUAGCGCUGCCGCAGAGGGUUAUCCCGUUUCCGCUGGCGGAGGCACAGGCGGCUGUUGUGGCGCGGGUUUACGCAGGUCGUCUUACUUUACCCCCCACGGCUACCAUGCAAGCAUGGCAGGAAGAAGUAGAAGCGGAAAUGGGUCAAGGACGCAAUUUCCACCUGCUACCGUUCCCAAAGGACGCACAGUAUAUCAAUGAAAUGAGUCAGUGGGCGAUGAGCGCGGAAGGCAAAGACGGGUUGGAGAACGCGGGGAAGGGCAAGUGUCCGCCUGUUUGGGGGGAGUGGGAGUUCAAGUGUAGAGAGAAUUUCCCGGAGAUUAGGCGGAGAUUUGGGGAGAGAGGGGAAGAGAGGAGGGAGGUUAGGGAUGUGCGGGAGUUGGGGUUUGAGUUUGGGGAGAGGAAGGGGUGA